GGAUGCCGGUACUUCACCAAGAUAGAUCUGAAGUCCGGAUACCAUCAAGUUGCCAUUAUACUUGAGGACCAGCACAAAACCGCAUUUCAGACCAGGUAGGGUCUGUACGAGUUUAUGGUGAGCACCUGGUACGUUCUAGCAUGCAAUGAACAGGAUAUUUCAUGAUUACUUAGACAAGUUUAUCGUCUUGUACCUUGACAAUAUUCUUAUCUUUAGUAGGACUAUAAAGGAGCACGUUGAGCACUUGAAAAUAGUGCUAGGUCUCCUAAGACGGCACCAGUACAAGGUUAACUUGGAGAAAUGCGAGUUCGGUCGCACCAAGAUCUUGUACUUGGGUCAUGAAAUCUCAGCAGAGGGAUUGAGGCCGGAUGAUGCUGAGGUGGCCAGCAUACGUGACCGGGCCAGACCUCAGACUGUUAUCGAGGUCAGAUCAUUUUUGGGGAUGACGGGCUACUAUCGUCCGUUCGUAAAGAACUAUAGUACUAUAGUUUCCCGAUUAACAAAUCUAACUGGACUUGACACCCCUUGGGAGUGGAUUGAAGAGCAUGAGGCGGGCUUCAAGAAACUGAAGUACGCUCUGACUCCCUAUGAAGUCCUCAAACUUCCUGAUCCUGAUAAACCUUUUGUUGUGACCACAGACGCCAGCCAAUAUGGCAUAGGCGCGAUCCUUGCGCAAAAGGAGGGGCCAAAGUUGAGACCGAUUGAGUAUAUGAGUAAAAAGAUGCCAUCUCAGAAACUAGCUAGGUCUACUUAUGAACAUAUGACACUGCACACAUGGAAUUUCAGGCGGUCUCAGAUUGGAGUUUGCACCAGAUUGCAUGGCGAGCGCGAUUUGUUAGCAGCUAACCUGGGGCAGGGCACAGCAAGUAAUUGCAGUGAUAAUUGCUCAGGAUCAGCAUCAGUCGAGAGUAGUGGCCCUCGUUCAGGCAUGGCCUUCCGAUGGAUUUCAGGCUCCGUGCUGCUCAAGAGGUCAGCUGCGACAUCUCCGCAUGUGAGCUAGUGAGCUCAGCUAACUUGCUACGAAGCAUUCUCAAAUACAUGAUGCGGUAAUCAUGGAGGGGGGGCUUGUGUAUAUCAUUCAAUCUUCUAUUCUUCUAAGAGCAAGUAGGAGAGGACAAAGUAAAGAUGGAAUAAUGAUGAUGAUCAUCAUGCUGUGGGGGUAGAUGGGUUCACAACAUUGUUGUUGAAUGUCAAACAAGGAAGGGGAUGUGCAGUUGUGUGUGUGUGUGUGUAGAGUGUGUGUAGAGUGUGUGUAGAGUGUGUGUGUGUAGAGUGUGUGUGUGUGUGUGUGUGUGUGUGUGUGUGUGUGUGUGUGUGAGAGAGAGAGAGAGAGAGAGAGGAGGAGGAGGAGGAGGAGGAGGAAGGAGAAGGGGGAAUUGGGGGUUGAGGGUGGAUCAUGUGAAUUCCACGAUCUGUCGUUAUGACCAUUCAGGUUCACAACAUUGUUGUUGAAUGUCAAACAAGGAAGGGGAUGUGCAGUUGGUCUACAGAGCUCGUAUCAGUAGUCUCUAUCCCUGUGUAAAUGGUAAAAGUGACUUGGAGGAAGGACUUGUUAGAGGUGUGUGCAUUGCGGAGUAGCAUCUCAACUCAGUGCAUUGAGAUGAUGGAGCAGCGUCUCAACUCAGUGGACCGAGGUGGCAGAGCAGGAUCUCAACUCAGGAUCGAGAUGAAAGGGCAGCAUGUCAAGUCAGUGCCUCGAAAUGGCAGAGCAGCUUCUCAACCCAGCGCAUGGAGAUGGCAGAGCAUCAGCCCAACUCUGUGAAUUUAGAUAUUGUUUGUUCCUUCCCGUUGAUCAUUUUCUCCAGCACCAGCAGAUUGAGUGAGGCAGUGUUCAGGGCAGCUUACAGCAAUUUUAACAACUAUUCGAGAUGGGCUGGCUCUCAUGCAGAAACGUCGGAAAAAUAGGAAACCCCCAGGCUGUUGAGUGGGAGCGGUGUUGGUGUUGUACUGUUUGGAAUCCCAUUGGAUGAAGUUCUCUUGUUCUUCUAGUGUCUGAUGAUGGUUUGAGAAAGAGGGGAGGGGGGGGGCAUGGAACGGGGUGAUGACCUCUCAAAUUGGGCAGUCUGCGCCAGUUUUUUCCUUUUGUGAGAAAAUGUGAGAUAUUUUGCAAAUUAUGGCUUGGAUUGCUUGUUUUGAUGGCUCUUUCUUUGUUUAUACUGAAUAAAGGAAGACCAGAAAG